AUGUGGCCUUUCGGUAAGUGUGGAAGGAUCCCAAGAUUUACCUUUUACCUGCAUUCUUUGUCCUUUUUUUGUAAUCAGUCAGCUUCUGAGAUGCUCUGUGUUCUCUGUGCUUUAGUCCAGAACUUUUUUUCAGCUGGACCCCUCUCAGGUAGAUACCACUGCCAUUAUAAGAGAACGAGGAAGGCAUUCAUGGUGAUUUCCAGCACAACCUUUUCCAGAAAAUUAGCACUGCUUUAGUCCAUAAUCUGGCUCUUGAGUCACUGUGUAUAAAAUGAAGCUCAGUGCUUCCCAUUCAUGAUAAGGGCAAAUAUAGCAAUGGUUAUAACUUUUCCUUCUUUUGCUCAGAGUGGAUGCAAUUUGGAGGGGCAAGAGCCCCACUAGAGGGGCAAGAGCCCCAUUAGGACUUCCAAGGUGUUGGGAUCCAGAGGUUUGCUUGCAGGACACCUUUGAAAAGUCUAUAAGCUUUUCCUUCUCUCCCAAUUUCGAAAUGGCAGCUGCAGUAGUUUGGGCAGCUGCAAUAGGCGGUACCAUUUUCCGGCUGGGGAAAAGAGGGUGGUGCAAAAGGAGCAUAAUGUCGCGAUUCCUCGCGGUGCUUUUAGCAGAAACGCUCAGAGUCCCAGGGUUUUCCAGUGCAGUCUUUUUAAUGUGAGCUAUAUACAGGUAUUUACAAAAACAGUCCAUACAGAGUACCUGCUCCUUAAGGCAAAUGAAUACUCUCCACCACAGCACCACCACCACAGCACAACCACCACAACCACAGUUACUGUUGAACAGGCUUUCCUUUUUAAAACAGGUGAUAGCCAAUCACAUUAAUCACACUCCUGCUGAGUCACUCUGACCCAGCACUUCACAGAGUAUUGCAUCAUCCUGUUGAAGCCUGCAGACUUACUCAGUAUCCUGCGAAUCCCAACACAUAAAUCUCCAGGAAAGAUGGUGGUGGAGACAAUAUCCUCAGCAUUAACCAUCUCACCCCAAGGGUAAUUGGUGGGGCUGGUUCCUUUUUCCACUCCUAGAUUUUUUCCAAUAUACAAUGCAGAUCUCUACGUUGAAUUGCAUACGGGAAGACAUAGAUCUAUAUGAUAAACAAAGAUUGCUUAACAACCCCUUCCAAAAUCUGUGGGAAACAAUUCACUAUGAUUAAAUGCUGGAUUUUCCCGUCAGAUAUGCUUUUUUGACAUCUGGAGCCACUGAGAAGUAUCAGAAAUCUCUCAUCCUUCCCUGGAUGCGUUGUUAACUGUUCCCAUAGACCAGGGGUCCUCAAACUACGGUCCGUGGGUUGGAUCUGGUCCGCCAGGCUUAUAAAUCCAGCCCGCUGGCCAAAACGCCGCACCGGGUUUACCUCAGCAUGCGGGGACUGACUGAGCGAAACGCUGCUGACUGACUGAAACACCACACUGGGUUUACCUCAGUGGGCGGGAACUGACUGAGUGGGCAGCGAGGCUUCCGACUGGCCGCAGGAAGCAUGGCAAGGUAAACCCAGCGUGGUGCGGCAAUUCCGUUGAAAAGAACGAACGCAUGUGCUUAGUCCCUUUGGCCCGUUGCCUUUUACACAUGCAUGCACACCCACCACUGAGGUGUGGUCAGGACGUGGAAGUGGGCGGGGCCUUUUGGAAUUUUGGCACAAGAGUACAAACUGGGCAUUGAGGGGAUUCAUGCAUGAGCACUGGGCAGGACACACACCUGAGUGAAAGGAGCAAAGAAAAAAUGGGGGUGCUGCAUCCGGGAACUCUCGGACGGAUGGAACAAAGCAAUUCGCUCUCACACAGGUACACAUGAGCCCUUGUUCUCUGGGGCUCCAUGGAAAUUUAAAAUAAAAAGAGAAAGGGUGGAGAGAGGUAAUGCACCGGCGCUUUUGUGUUUCCUCACUGGCAGCAGCAGCAGGGGGGCGGAUGUGGCACUGAUAUCACCAACUUCCGGGCAGGGGGAAAGGAUGCCCUCCCUCCCCUCCCCAUGAGGUGAAUUUUGGGGAAGCGUGAGCCUGGCAGAGGCGGUGAGGGUGGGAACAGGGCCCUCACAUUGUAUAUUGAUUUCUAUCCCACCAUUUCUCCUGACAGUGUCUCUACAUGACAAACUGAGGAACAGGAAGAAACAUGGCGAAGCAUGGAGGGAAGAAGGCAAGUAAAAACAUGGAUAGAGCCGUGUUUCUGGUAGGCCUGGGGAAAAGGAAGCUGAGGCAGGGGUGGGGGUCAGAAGGGGCUUAUUCUAGUCAUACUUGCAAGAGGCACCUGGCUGGGGAGGGAGGGAGAUUGUGCCCAAGGCUAAGUGGAAAGUGUGAGGUUGGGGGGGAUUUAUUUGCGUGCGUCCUGGGAGGGUCGGAGGCAGCAGGACUUCUGAAUGCUGGUUGAUGGGAAUCGGAAGGUGCUCGAAUCCUGCUCACGGGGGUUUCCCACAGGCAUUGGGUGGCCACUGGGAAGACAGGAUGCUGGAUUAGAUGGGCCAUUGGCCUGAUCCAGCAGGGCUCAUCUGGUGUUCCUAUGAGGAACAGGAUAAGAGGGCUGACAAUGAUGAGAAUGAUGGAGCUGGAGGGGCGAGGAUGACUCUUCCGCGGCUGACAUUAAGUUAAGCCCAGUUGUGCUCUUCUUUUAGUGGUGGUGUUGGUGAUGCUUUGUUAAAAAAAAAAAAAUCACAAGAAGACAAAUUCCUGGAGGGGUUUUCUAGUCGUCUGUCAUUUUAAUCCUAUCCUUUUCUCAAGGAGUUCAGGGUGCAUAGCUCUUCUUCUUUCUUCUCUCCAUUCUGUUUUAUUCUUGCCACAGCCCUGUAAGAGAGUUCAGGCUCAAAGACUGGCUUGAGAUCACCCUGUGAACUUCAUGUGUGGAUUUGAGCCUGCCUCUUAAGUCAGAUGUAAUGUGAACACUACAUAGGCUUCUGGUAGCUAAAUGGAACUUUAGAAUUUUUAGAGGCAGUGUACCUGUGCGUACCAUGUGUUUCUAGAGACAAACAGGAAAUGGCCAUCACCUCUCAUGACAAGGUUGUGACCCUCUAAGGCAGGGGUCCUUAAACUACAGGCCCACCGGGUUUAUCUCAGCAGCCCCCAACAGUGUCUGAGGGACAGUGAACCGGCCCCCUGUUUAAAAAGUUUGAGGACCCCUGCCAUAGACCUUCCCACCACUGCCAUGGUAAACAUUGGUGUAAAAUAUUGCCCAUGCAAAUUUCAGUGAUUUCAGAUAUUGGUACAUGAAUUGGCACAGUAGUAAACACCAGUUCCAUGCCCUUUGGUUUAUUUGAUGGGGCAAAACAUCCCAUUUGCCACUUUAUCCUUCUUACUUGGAUAUGCUACGGAUUGAAGCUUCAUACGAAACAUUUUCGUGACCUACAGCUGAGUUAUCAAUGCACUCUCAGUUGUGCAAUGCUGAAUUUUCCUUGCUUUAUCACAUCUAUACAAUGGAAGCAAGUGUCCCCUACUGUUUUGAUGAUAAAAAGGGUUGUAUGGAAUGUGUUUUGAAACAUAAGUAACUAUAUGAAGUAUAAAUGGCAAUCAGGGAACAGAAACAUUAAUGCUUGUACUCAUUUUCUGUUCCAAUUGAUGCUACCCACUACCCUCAUAGAUAAGAAACCUGUAUGGAGACUGACCUACUGCGCUGAAAAUCAUGAAAUGUGUGGCAUUGGCUAUGAGGUGACAUCUGUUAGCAAUGAAAAUGAGAAGUUUGUGGUGAGUAAUAUCUGCUGCGGUAAUUUUGAUUUCUGCAACAGGGACAUGAAGGCCAUCUGA